AUGGACGCGUGCUACUCGAGCCGGCGUGAAGAGCUUCCUUGGCCAGCAACGACGAAAUUGCUUCUCUUGGCAUCCGAACAUUUGACUCGUAUCUUCCUCUUUGCCUUUGCCAAUCGUGCCACUUCAGUGGCGGAGGGCACUAACCACGCCUUGAUUGUUUUUGCUCCGUUGCGCAGGGGCAAAAAGAAGCGAUUGAGUGGCAAUGACGCAAUGCAAUGCAGACGAAGAACAGUGGCUGAGUUUUCGUGCCUUCAGCGACUUGAGUGCGAGGCACAGGGAGGGCGACUGAAUGCAGCGAUCACCUGUAUCUCGUUACAGGUGGAUUGCUUUAUUGCAGCAUAUGGGCGCAUUUCUCGCGUUCGUUGCAGCCGCAUGGAGGAACGUUACCCGAGGGGAUAUAGCAGUGAUGGAGAGACAAUGACGGGAUGGAAUGCAGUCAGUAAGCCGUUUCUUUCCGUCGGAACGCAGCCAGGCGUGAAAUGGGGGCUCUGCAUUUGGGAAUCUCUCCGGCUGCAUGACGAGUUUGCAUUGAACUGCUAUGCUUCGCGCGCACCUGUGAACCGGUAG